AAUUUUAAUCUUUUGUUUCUUAUAAGAAAAAAUGUUUUUUUUAAAAAAAAAUUAAAAGGGAAAAAAAAAGGAGAGCAGAGUAGAGAGAGUCGAGGGAUGAUAUGCUACAGCGAAUCGCGUGUGUUUCUUCUGCCGUUGAUUGUGUUUAUGAGCAGCUCUUCAUGAUGCGAUCUUCAUCACACUUUCGACUUUUUCCUUGUUUAUUCCUUCUUUUAUUUUAAUGAAUUAUUAAUACAAAAGGCUUUUACGGGCCUGGUCUUGUGUUUUGUUUCCGUCUUUCAGAGAUCCGCUCUCGCAGGUUGCAAGAGCUUUUCUUCUCCAGUUUCUUGUCGCCCACUUGCGUAGAACAUAAACGUCAAGCCGUUUGUCGUUUUCGAGCUUACACUCCCUGCCGUCUUUAAAUCUUUCAUUUAACCACUAUUAAACCGGCUCAGUCCCACUUUCCCAAACCCGGUUCAAUCACGUCCCUUCAAAGAGAAAUCGAAAGAUCCUUUGGAGAGUCUCAGGGAAGUUGCCGACACCGGGAAAAUCGCCGGUGUGCCUGCCUGAAACAGUCGGAACGCCGGAGAACUGGUGACAGAGAAUGAUUAUGCAUUUGGCUGUUCUGUUUCUCGCCAUCAUCGUUUCACCACUCUUUGUUUUCUCAUCUCAAAUCGAGCAGAUCGGUUCUAACCAGAAUGAUCCAGACGCAGCUAAGCUCAGAAUAUCACAACUAGAAGAAGCUGUUCUUGAGGAGACUACGCAGAAGGUGAAAGAGCGUGAGAGGUUGAUCCAAGAUGCUGAAAGUCAGAUCCUUGAUUUUCACUCUGCUUCAUCCAGUUUCGAGAGCGGUUUACCUUUGGUCCAAGAGAGGAUAAGCGAGUUGAAAGAAGAGAUUAAACUCCUAUGGGCUGCCUUGAGAACAGCCAACUUUGAGCUUCACGUUUUAGAGGAUAAGGCAAGAGAUGCUGAGCGUCAAGUUAAGGCUACGGCUUUCGAAGUUAAACAGAUGACCGAAGUUGUUACGGAGCAAUGGAUUCAAGUUCAGCAUCUUGAGCAGAUGAAAGAAUUCAAUAACCGUAGGAAUCGCGUUCCUAGCAGAUGCACUCUCUUGAAGCUCAUGAGUGACAUCCGCUGGGAGGUAAAGAAUGCCCUGUCUCAGUUAAGAAGCCUCUGGGCAGCUGUUACCAAAUACCACCACCAGUUGCAAGGCUUCAUCAAGCAUGAGAUGGAAAGAAACCAGAUCACAUCAGCUCUUGCAAACAGUGAAGUGGUGUUUUUUAUGGCAUCUGCGUUGAUUGCCUUCCCGGUGUUUGGAGCAUGGAUCUUACUCUCUGCCUAGUUUUGUUCCUAGAAUACAUGAUCAACGGAUGCGUCAGCCAUAUUCAGAUUGGUUUUGCUUCUGUUUGUAGCUCUAAAUAUUGUCUAGUCAUUGAGAUCCCUAUGAUUGAUUGCAUCUGUGAGCAAACCGAUAUUGGGGUUAAUCUCUGGUUUGAACCUGUUAAUUUUGGGUAUGUUGCACAAUUUUGUCAAAGUUCAGUUUUCGGAGUAAGUA